AUGGGUACGAAACGACUGUCCCUGUUUACAAAUGUCCCUAUCGACGCCGCUGUACAAGCCGCACUGCAGAAACUGGAGAACGACCCCAGCCUCCCAGACCGCACGGCGCUAAUACCUGCUCAAAUCGUCGACCCUCUUAAUUUCGUUUUGAGAUCCACAUACUUCCAGUAUAAUGAAUCAAUUCACGAACAACAAGAAGGGGCAGCCAUGGGGAGGCCGGUUUCCGCUGUUAUUGCUGACCUCUACAUGAAGAGUUUUGAAGAACAGGCUGUAAACUCAUCAUCCUACAAGACAAGGAUCCGGAAACGCUACGUUGAAGACACCUUUACUAUCCUGGAUCGUGAAGACGUCGAUAACUUCUCACAGCAUCUAAACAAUCAGCAUCCCUCCAUCCGCUUCACCAACAAGGCGUACGCGCUGUCUUCAAGUCGGAAUCCACACUUAGAUAAGAGCUACAUCAAAGAGGCUAUUCAGAUAAGACUUCACCUUAACAACAUCAACAGGGACAGUAGAAUAGAAAUUCCUGAUUCGUGGAUGCCCACGUUAAAAAAAAUACAACAACAGGAGAGUCGUACUACAGCGAAAGAAACAAAGAAAGAAGGAAACAAUAAAGUGUUCUGGUCUUGCUUUGGAUUCGUUGUGUUGUUUUAUGCUGAUGUGAAUAGUUCUGGCCCCGGGAGUGGACAGGGCGGUCCAAACAGCCCUGGCCAGUGUCCUCGCCAUCAGGUAUUCUGUGAACCCACACAUCAGUGUGUCAAUCGCUUGGGGUUCAAUUGUGGUAACGAUUCGUGCGCAAGUAACGAACAACUCUGCGGCCCGCCUCAGGAAAAGAACUGUGUUGCUUCACCUGAACAAUGUACUCUUCCAGGUGCUCAAGGGAAUUUUGGACACCAUAUUCCCAGUCUCAAGCGAAAUAACAGCCUCCCCUCCAAAUUGAAUGAAAGCCUCAGCCUAGGUAAACGUGAUCGUAACGUCUCCCAAGUUAACGUACAAAACCGCCGUCGUUCGCAAGACGAUGCAAACCCGUUCUCUGCCAGAGGGCCUCGAAAUGGUCAGCAUGACUUUGAGCGAAAUGAGACAAGUAAUGUGUUGAACGAUACAAGAUUGAGAAGAAUUUUGGGACAGUCUUUCAGCCCUUCUAUGAUUGAUGAGAUUAUUGGGCAACGACGUCGUUCUAACAUGUCACAUGAUAAAAAAGAUAACAAGAAUCAGGAGGCGUGCAACAGACGAUAUUCCCACUGCAUUAGAUCCGCUCUGGCAAAUUUGAUGUUGUUCAAAGAUCUGGAUGGGGAAUGCUGCAGGAUGACUCAGGAACCUCUUCAGUUCGUCAGACGAUUACGCAAUAUCAGUCGGAAGUUUAUUGAUUGUCCUCCAGGAAGCAGGUUUUCUCCCUUCAGUUUUAUUUUCAAUGAUAAUGGUGGAUGCAUUCCAAUGAAUCGCUCAGAUGACCAUGUUCCCGAAGAUGACCGAGGAACUUCGUCAAAAAACAGAUCUGAAAAUGAACACAGUUUUUGUGAGACCUUAAAGAGAAGCAUUCAUGACAAAAAGCCGUUUUCUUCUCGUCGUCUUGUUCGUUGGUUGGUGAAGAAAAGCAACGUUUCCCUUUCAACAAAACAUUGUCCAACAGGGAAGAAGUUUUGUCCUUCGUCCUUUGACUGCAGAUCAAAAGAGCACGGGUGUCACACUGGGACGCUGACAAAGUGGGCGUCAAAGAACCUCUGCAACUCCUCAGAACGUCUCUGUCUCGGUUGUGGAGCUGGAUGCCGCUUGAAGAAAGACGAAUGUCCAAAAGAAGCAAACACGAGCAAAGCAUUGCGCCAAGCAGCGCUCUCAAUUGAACCAGGAAAUAUUCAGAACGAGACAAUGCGUAUACUCUCCAAAUCAGGAUGGGCUUCAUUCUGCUUUGUUAGAAAGGCCUUGUUCACUUGCAUUUUGGAGCAACUCAAAGAUUGCAUGUCACGCGAAGUUCACUGUCGUGAAGCUGGUUACGAAUCACACAUGAGUUGCCUCUCUGGUAAAAGUUUCUGCCAAAAGAUCGUUGACGUCGCUUGUCCUUUCUCCAUUGAAAAUUGCCAUUUGUGCAAUCUCCUCAGGAAAAAUGCAAGUAGGUUUGAGAAGGUUAUUAAGAACCGUUCCACACAGACGCCAUUUGCAGGUUAUUGUUCUGAAGGAGAGGUUUAUUGUCCUACUUCGAUGGACUGCGUACCCAAAGGUGGUCUGUCCAACUGCACUACAAACAGGCAGUUUUUCCAACUGGGAAUGGAGAAAGCGCCGUGGGACAAAAACAAAACACGCGAAGAUAAUGCGGGAUUUUGUAUGCUGACUAUGAGCCCUGCUAGAAAUGGUUCGUGUUCUUUUGGCACCUGGCUCCAAUGGCAAGCACGAAAAAACAAAAGCUGUUCUCCUUUUGGUCCUAAACUGAAGUGUUGUCCAAAAGAUGAGGUUUUUUCUGUCUUGGCCAUGAAAUGCGUCGAUCCACAAGACAAAGAUCAGAUAAAUGGUCAGCCUGGCGAAAAGGCUGCGUGCAAGGCUGAUGAUCAAGAGUCCUGUCUACGUCAACACGAAUGCCUCCCUAAACAUUUCAACUGCACCAAGCCGACUAAGUUCGAUUACUUCUCAGUCAGUGCGUUUGCUAACAGGAGCGGUUGGGCAGGAUUUUGUAAAGUCCUCGGCCCCUUUACGGCAAGACUAGAGUAUGGUCUCAAGAAAUGCAAACAGUUUCUAUCGAGAUCAGACGAAACCUGUCGGGCCGACAUCAAUUGUAAAGACGAGGAACAGUUUUGCCGCCGUUUAGGGCGAUGUGCUCCCAGAGGAAACUGUAGUGGCAUGGGACAGAGACCAUCGGAGCACAGGAAACCAACACCCUCUCAAAAUCCUUUUUGCAAUUCGUCAGACCAAGAGGCGCGGAUGCUGUGGUCUAAAGAACCCCUCCAAAAUAUUUUCCCGGCCAGUAAAGUGCCAGGUCUUAUCGGGCUGUUCGCAGUAGGGGACGAAUACAGUGCUGGCCUGGAGUUCAAAUCAGAAGCUGACAAGAAAUGGAAGCCAUACAUUGGAUGCGCGGAUGAUCAAAUGCGAGUGGUGUCAAACGAUAGCGCUUUGAGGUUUAAACGUUGUGCGCACGGCUUCUUGUCCUUUGAAAUUGAGAUUGAAAUUGAACCCAGGAAUUCCGCGCAUGGGACAUGUGUCAGCAUUCCGGCCUCGGCACCACAGAGAGACAUAGUGGUGAUGGUUUUGAUGCCAAACUGCGCCGCUGGUCUGGGCAUUAAUUUGGUUCGUCCCAAUAUUAUUCUGAGAGAGGAUCAUUCUUCGCAAAAAGAGCAGUUCUCCAAAUACAUUAACGUUACAAGUCGACCUACAAACUGCAGUGAAUUGAAACUGAAUAAAUCGCUGGCCUGUCGGGUUCCCAAAAAAUUUGUUUCACUAUACAACCAAGCAGUAAAACAACUGCAACAGAAGAUUGCCGGGAUGGUCGUAACAAAAACGAAGCCGUUAAAGAAAGUGCGACUGAGAUGCUCCACUAAACAGUCCGGAAGGCUUAUUGAAGUUGCUCCGAAUGGACCAAGUUUCAAGUCUGUAUUUUUUGCGCCGUAUUGGACCUGUGUAAUGGUGCCGUCCCCAAAUAUGUUUGGUAAUGUUAACCUAACAUUAGCUCCUGCCUGCAUAGUACCAGCGCAUUCCUCGGUCAACUUAAAUGAAGGAAAACCUGCUUGGCUCAAGGAGAUACCCCAGAGGGAAUACAACAAUAUCGUGCGUAGGAUUGAGAAUGGACGCAUUGAUGAGGCCAUCGAGGAAAUCUUAGAUCGACUACAGAAAGAAAGCAUCAUUAACUUGAAGAGAAAAGUUAUAAAUUUUGUGAGGUCUUUCAUCGCACCUGCAGAUGAAAAGGGAAGCUGUGCAGGAUCACCAGAAGGCAAAUGCCGCAUAGGAUCAGGAAUGGCUCGGCUUCAAGUAAAAGUAUUACCCGUAAACGACCGACCCAAAUUUCUAUUGGAAAAUCGAGAGAAAUUAAUUCCUUUCCCGCCAGUUCGGGAGAACUUUACUAACGCUGAUAUCAAAUGUUGGCGAGUUGGAAACUUAACAAAGAUGAGCUCGGAGUAUGUCAGAUACGUCUUCGAAAAAAGAGAGGUUCCUAAAGACUUUAUAAAAGUGAAGCCGCUUUACCCAAAUCGCCGCCCAUUCCCUCUUGUGGCAGAUCCUGAUGACUCUGAGGUUGGAUUGGCUGUACUGCAUGCACCACCACAGAAGUAUGUCGCUUGGAAAUUCAGGAUCGAAGAUGGCCCUCUGAGGGAGAUAAACUUGACUUCAGGGAUGGUGCUGCUCUUAGGACCCAAUGAUUGCAUUGCCUUAAAGCCACGAAGAAACGUAUCUUGGACAAAGGAUCAAUCAAGGCAAUCGAUAUUUUUAAUGGUUAAAGCCUACGAUAACUCAGACAACAAAUCAUCAGGAUACUACGAAAUGAAUUCCACCGCCAUGGAGUCGGAUACAACUUUAUCACGAGAGAGGGUCAAAAUCAUGGCAGCUCAGCUUGGAUGUGAUCAUGUGGCCUGGUCAAGGAGGAAAAGAGACAAAUGUAGCCAGUGCCCCAGAAGAGGUGUCAUAAAAAAUAGCUGCCUUGGGUGCGAUAAGAUUCCCUACUCAAAUAAGGAAAGAGAUGAGUGUGACAAAUGCGGAAACAAGACUACUUCAUUCUGUUCUGAGAUAUGCUGGUCGCCAUCCCAUUGGGAUGAAUGUAACGUUUGCCAGUCCAACGACAAAGUAAUCGAUUUCAAAGACUGCAAUGGUGACUGCUACGGUAAAGCCAAAUGGUCCGAUUGUAAUGCCAGUGUUUGUGUUGGUGGGAACACUAAAAAGCCACUAAAUUGGGAAAAAGACGAGUGUGGAGUUUGCGGCGGAGACAGUUCGACCUGUGUUGACUGUGAAGGAGUCCCACAUGGAAACAAGACGAAGGAUUCAUGUGGUAAUUGUGCAGACCCUCAAGACGAGGAAAACUUUGAUAAAUGUCCGAAAAUCCUUGAUUGUGAUUUCAGAGCCAUACCUUCAAACCAACAAACAUUGAUGACCUUGAAAGUUGCUGGGAUGGCCAGGCAUAUCUCUAUCUCCUGCUAUCUCUACAAGGACGACGGAAGCAAGUACGACCUGACGUUUGUAAAGGCCCUUUCAAAGAAGAAAGUUACAGUAAAAACACCAAAUAUGGGAGCUGGUGAAUAUUCACUCAACUGUUCUUUUGGUGAGAGUAAAAAGAAACUGGGGUUCGACAAGUUUAGGAUUCAGGUUUAUGUAGAACCUACCAUCACCGAAGUUAGUCCGAAUGAAACUGAAAUCAACACCAAAAGAAAUGUAACACUCAAAGGAAGAGGAUUUGUCAAGACUUCCUCUUUAGUAUGUGUGAUUUCCAAAGAAAAAAGCGAGAAAGGGAAGGAGAGCUUACAAAAGAUUCCAGCUGUAUAUGUCAACUCAGAAACCAUUAUCUGUGUUUUAAAGCGUUUCACUAAGGCGCAGCAUGGAAAGAUCAGCGUCCUUUUCGCCCCCGGAGCAGAAAACGAAAAACUAUCUAGAAAUAUUGCAGUUAAGUUUAAUCUCUACGAUCGCGUACCUAGGCCUUUGGAGUGCAGGUUUAGUGCGUCUGCUCGCUUCAUAUCCAUACGUUUUGAUAGACUGGUUGCCUGUACCGACAAGUGGGAGAGUAGCGAGCGCUUCAUCGCAGGCAGUGCUCUGGAAAAAAUAACUAAAGCGUCAAAGGCUCACUGUAAGAAUAAAAAACUUAUUAUCAGCCUCCCGCAAAAUUCUAGACUUCGCCCUGGUGAGGAAGUGGAACUUGACUUGAAGAGCUUUAAAAGCAAAUGGUCGAGUUAUACCAAACAUUUUCCUUCUGAUAAAAAGAAGGUCACGUGUAAUUUAAAAGAUGGUGUGAACCUGUUGGUCGAGAUUUCUGGCCCGAAGAAAGUAGGACGCUGCAAUUCAUUUGUGAUUUCCGCACAGACAAGCAUGCCAGCAAAGAUGAGUUGGAAAGUAGUUACAGUCAAUUCACCGGCAGUAUCUGUUACGCACACCGCCGCUGACGUACAGGAACUGAACAGCAGAUUCGCAAACUUACCAUCCAAUCAAACCAGAAUACGACUCAAUGCGAGCGAUGUUAUAGAAGGGGCAAAAUACAAUGUAACAGUAUGUGCCCAGGAACGUCUCACAGAAAAAAUGGAAAUGGCUUGUGACUCCCUCAUCACUGAGCGAGUUGGUGAAGAAAUUCCCAAAAUUAAGUUUGGUAAGGCCACAAUGGAGAUCACUCCCUCUCGAACAUUGAGGCUGCGCGCCAAUGUUCGUGCUUCUUCGUGCGCCGCAUCAGACAUGCGAUAUUUGUCAUUCAUUUGGUCAUGUGACGACCCAGAUAUAGAGUUUGAUGAUAGCAGCCCAGAACUUAAAAUAAAAGAUGAUCAGUGGACUUCAGGAAGAAAAUAUGAAUUCACGUUGACGGUGUAUGUAAAAGGCGAUGACAAAUUGUUUUCAGAAGACAAAAUAACCAUAAUGACAAAGAGAGUACCUAUUGUCGCCAAGAUUAAAGGUGGCGAAAAUGUCUCUUUAAGUGUUCACCAAGAGGCAGUUUGUGAUGGAAGCGACUCCAAAGAUCCUAACAACUUACAAGGGAAUCCCUUAUAUGUGUGGAUGGCAAAAUGCAAAGAAGGGGACCAAUGGUAUCCGACAUUUUAUGAAAACAAGACGAGUGGAAAGAUUCAACGACUCAUUUUACCACGAAUAGCAGUUGUCCGUAUUCCACCAAACACAUUCCCGGGUGAUAAAACUUGUGCCGUGACACUGAAUUACUACAAGGAUUAUAUGAACGCCUCUGCAUCCGUUUAUUAUGAACUGAAAGGAAGAGAAAUUCCUGAGGUGAAGAUGCUGCGAAUCGUUCGAAUUCUUACCAGUAACAAAGUGAUAUUCCGAGUUGUAUUGAGGACCAAGCUACCUGAAGUAGCAGUGAAGUGGUCAUGUAAAGAAAGAGACGAUGAAGGAAAUAUGAUCGACGUUGAUCUUGAAGAUUUUGUUCGCACACGACCAGUCCUAAUCAUCAAGAAAAGACCAAAUAGACUCGUUAUCAAGCAGAGAGUGUCUCUUGUCCUGAAAAACCUACCAGAUGGAAUAAAGUUAAGGUGCAAAUGUCACGUAUCGCACGAGGAAGUGGAAGCUUUUGUUGAGGAGGAGUAUGAUGUUAAUGAACCACCUUUGGAAGGAACAACUUUAGUUGAGAAGUCCGAGAACGGAAAAAUAUCGUUAACAGGUCAAGGUUUUGAAGACCCUGAAGGUGACGAUUUGUCAUACCGUUGCGGAUAUAUCGAGGAAGGAGAGAAAACGAAAUACCACGCCAUUUCUUCCUGGUCUAUGGAUAACACUUGUGAAGACGUCCUUUUGCCUGAAGGUGAAGAGGCCAACAAUUACGAGGUAAAGUGUUUCGUAGAAGCAAAAGAUUUGCAGGGAGCCAAAACACUCAGUGAAUGUUCAGUGACUGUUCCUCCGCGAGAAUCCAUUUGCAAAGCGGAGGAAAUAGCGAGUGAAGUUGAAGACCUCAAGGAACGAGUCAGCCUCGGCCAAAUCCCUGAAGCUUCCGCCGAGCUUCAGUUGAUAGCACAAUGCACGGACGACAAUGACAACGGCAGCUCUGACGCUCUUAAGGAAGGUCUGAAGGAAGCUGCAAAUGGGCUCAACGAACUCAUGGCAGAACGGAAAGGGAAAAGUCGUGACCCUGAUGGCGAUGCUGGAAUAAUGAGGGCAGUGCAGGUUACUGUAGAUGCAGCCAAGAAGGGCAACGCAGAGAUAAAUGUUAAACAAAUAUCUGGAAAUGUUCGUGAAAUGAAUACUCCUCAGCCCGGUGAAAGCGAUCUUAAUCCUCGUAGAAAACGAAGGGCGGCCGAUGAUGGCAACAGCGAAGGAGAGGAAGAGGAAGUUAUGAUGAAGACAGCAGAUGAGGUUGAAACUAUUCUGAGUAUUUACAAUACACUAAUCGACCCCAACAACUUUACCGAGGCCUCCAUGUCAGUGAAAAGGGACCUUGUGUCUCUCGUUGAGGAACUCGGGCGUUCCAUGUGCCAAGGAAUCAGCACUGGAGAGGACGCUGUCAUUGCUGAGUCAAACAUCGUGGUUAUCAGAAGUGAACAAGACAGUUUUGAUGAUGUAGAUGUAAAUUUCACUCACAUCGCAUGUGAAAAUUGUAGUUCUGUUCAGAUCAGUGCACAGGUCCUGCUCGGACAAGCUUUGAAGGACCUCUACCAAAGCUGGGAUUGUGAUGAAGAUGGUUGUAAUGGCGCAUGCAUCGUGUCCGCUCAGUACCCGUACGACCUUCUAUCUACAUCUAACAACAGAAGCUAUAUCAGUGACGUUAUUUACGCCAAACUCUUCAACCCAGAGAGUGCUGCCCACUUGCCAGCCAGCGAUCUCAAUGAAGCUGUCACAUUCAGGAUUCCACUACGCGGAUACAGCGAGUUUAAUGACUCAGUCCCUACGUGCCAUGUUUGGAACCCCUUGACUUCAUUGUGGACUGCAGAGGACAUCACUACUGAGGCAACAUCCCAAAAUGGAAACGGAGAAGUAUCAGUUGAGUGUCACUAUCACAAGCUUGGAUUCAUCGCUGUUUUUGCUGUGAACUCUUCAAUACAAUCAGCGCAGACUUCCACAUCUCAACCCCUCACAGUGUCCUCUCAACAUGUCAACACCGAACAACUGGUUUAUAUACAGUUCAAGUUUGAUGCCAAUUAAGAAGACAUCAUUCCUAGUGAAGAGAAAAAAACAGAAUUGAUAGUGAGCUUUACACAAUACAUCGCUGAUGUCAUGUCAGUCAACAAAUCUCGUAUUGCAGAUGUCGUUGUUAGGCCAGGAAGCAUUCUCGUCUCUUUCACUUUGUUACCAGGAGGUCCUGGGGAGAAUAGCGUCUCCAUGGCUAUGACAGCACUGAAAGAUCAGGUGAUGAGUGGGAACUUCUCUCUCAUCCUUGCUCAUGGCCAGAAGCUAGUGGCAGAUUCUGCGUCUUUCCUGACGUCUUUGACGGGGUGGCCCUCAACCGUAUCCACACCUCAACCCAUCAAACCUACGACACCACAUGAUGAACCAAUCGAGACUUCAAAGGGCCUCAGCACUAGCACGCUGGUCGGCAUCAUCGUGGGCUCUGUGGUCGGCCUAGUCUUAACUAUUGCUGGUGUGAUUGUGAUCAGAAUGAGAAAGAGAAAAGGCAAAGAAGUAAAAGAUAUUUCUAAUUCUCAGUUAAAAUUGACGAUCUCACCUAGAAACUCAAAAGGCCAUGAUAAUAGAGAGAUGAAACAAGAAAAUUCAGAAGGAUACGAUCAGAGUAAUCAGUUUCCCAUGAUGGAAUUUAGAGAGGACGUCGAUUUGCCAGGGACGCCAUAUUACCCUGACCGUCGCUGAAGACUUCAACAAAAGCCACAAGAGACGUAGAUACCGUAGUGUGCAUCUGUAGCUGUUAUCUCAUCUUUAGCUUUCAGUAUGAGCGUUUUGCCUGUUAGUUGUCCAACAUAGUGUCACAUCUGAUCAGUUUCAUUCAUUAACAUUCUGCAUGGGGCUCUUUACCAGAUUUUGUGACUGAACCAGGAUUUUCUCGUACAGCUAUGUUCAGGAAUUCCGUUGUAAUCUAAUUUUCUUUCACUAAUCUUAACCCAAGAUCCCCUAUGAAUAUAUCAUCAAGUCAGUAAAUGAUUCGUAGAUAGGAGCACGUUAAGAUGAUAUGAAAUUAAUUCCAGGCAAUACUGUAUAAUCUUCUAAAAUUAGUCGAUUCCAAUUUGAAUGAUUGUUUACCGCAUUUAUUCGCUGGUCUGUUUUGUUUUCAAUAAUUUACAGUCUAAGUCUACUGGAGUAUUAAGGCAAACAGUUUCCUUUCUGUAGAUAAACCUUCUUACUUGUGAUAGAAUUAAAGCCAGAACACAAGGAAAAUCAGGAAAACUGAUCAACACAAACGAUGAAAUUCAAAGAUCAAUAAGACUAAUGAAGCUAAGCUUGCGUGAAGAUCGUACGAGAUAAACCAGAAGACUGUUAUUCCACUACCAUUUAUUUCACUUUCGUUUGAUGUGGAUGUCAAAUUUUACUGCACAAACUUAUGGUAAAAACAUUAUGGGAUAACACUUAAUCCAUUUUAGUCGACAUUUGUUCUAUGGCCAUACGUUACUCGAAUCUGGGAUUUUAAAUGCAUACAUGUAGCGUCAGUAACCGAGAGCUAAGUUUAAUGAGUUCUUUUAGAGCCUUUUUGGCUGUACUAGAGGUAUAUCUCAUGAUAAUCUUAGCCUGUAACCCCCAGCACAUUAUAUAUUUUCCAGCUUUUACGGCUCAUAACUGAGACACGCUCCUAGGGUAGAUUUCAUAUUUCCCAUGCGUUAAGGAUAAACUUAGAGCUUAGAGGCAAAUAAUUCCGUAGCUUUUCAGGCUUCUGUCACGGUGAAGCUUUUGUUUGUAUUCAAUCGAGAAUAAGAUUUGAUAAAACUCAAAAUGAAGCGAGUUUCAUUCUUAUUAAAUAAUGGAGCAAGAAAUGAAAAAUAUUCGUGCUGGAAGUUAUUCAACCUGACUGCACUUUCCGUUGUAGCUGAGUGCGCCCUUUAAAAUACUUUUUUGGAAGCAUCUCUGAUAUACAAAUGUGAAGUCAUAUUUCACUUUUCAACUUUCAAAGGUUACAUUGUCUCUCUUUCUAUCACUUGAAACACUUUUUUCACCCCGCUUUUUCGUUAUCGCGUUAUCAAAAUUCAGUAAAAGGUACGAUUCUCGUCCUCUUCAAAUCUCGAAUGACCCAACAGAGUAA